UUAAGUGCUCUCGGUAGUAAAUUAGGUAGUUGAGAUACCAAGGUAACGACCAACGCUGUUAGUCAUAAUAGGGCGGAGUUAUUAUUGUUAAUAACUGUCUUUUGGUUAGUGCGUAGCUUUUUGUACUGCGGGUCUUGAUCUGUUGAUGCCGUGACUUGGAUUUUUUCGAACCGUCUGGAGCUACCUCAUCAGAAAAAUCACCUUAUUGGGCAGUCUGACAGUAUUCUGUCUGGUUUAUUUCUGUUGCGUUAGUUUACAACUGCAGCUUGCUUUUUGGAAUUUUCAGUCUUGGCAGAGCUCAGGUUUCCCCAGAAUUAAAGCAGACAUGAUUGACACAGUCCAGAUACGCCGUCGAGGAGCAAUGGAUUUUCAGGCUCAUUAUGACUACCUUUGUGCUCUUCAAGACACUGUACCAGUACCAGCUGUAAAAGCUAGUUUGAAUCAAGAUAUCCUGGAUAUAACUGGAGACAGGCUGCGAGUGGCUGACUGGGCACCCAUUUUAAAUACACUUAGUAUCAACAAACAUUUGCAUUUUGUUGCUGUGAGAAGUUUUCAUCAGCCUGGCCUUGGAGAUUCAGAAAGGUGUAAAGCACAUUUUAAAAGAAGAACUCCAGCAGUUCGAUCAAAGGACAUUACUUUUCGAUUAUGCAAAGCAGUCAGAGACUGUUUGACUGUUUCAAGUGCACUAAAAACACUGGAGCUACAGGGUCUCCCACUGAGAGAGAGGGAUUUAAUCGCCCUGACGAAGGGACUGGCAAAGACUACAUCUUUGGAGAACCUCUCCUUAGCAUAUUGCCCGAUUGGAGAUGAUGGACUAGAUCUUAUUUGCCAGUAUUUGAAGAACUCUACUACAAUCAAGACAGUAAACUUUACAGGAUGCAGUCUGACCUGGCGUGGUGCUGAAAAUUUGGCUCGAAUAGUGAAGCUGCAGGCAACGAAGAGGCAUUCUGAGGCUUGGGUGGAUAGCCUUCGGUAUAGAAGACCUGAUCUGGACUGCAUGAGUGGCUUGAGACGCAUUACACUGUGCUGCAACACUCUCAUCGGGGAUCAAGGAGCAGCCGCCUUUGCAGAGGCUCUUGGGGAAGACCUCUGGCUAAAGGCUCUCGAUUUACAGCAAUGUGGGAUCUCCGAUGAUGGUGCAAAGUCAUUGCUUAAUGCUUUAAAGUCCAACACAACCAUUGUAGUUUUGGAUGUUAGGAAGAAUCCAUUAAUAGAUCAUGUUCUUGUUCAAGCUAUUAUUGAACGAGUGCUUCAGAAUGCCAGUGAUGAUCUUAAUCCACAGUUCAGAUGGUUAAAAUCACCAACAAGGGAUGCUUCCAAGUGCAAACAGCUCAGAAGAACUAUAGUUCUAGGGAACGGACUGAAGGGGAAAGCCACUAUUCGAAUAGUAAUUUGGAGACACAAAGGAGCUGGUCCAAAGAAGCCUACAGCCAGUGAAAAAAAAAGUGAGACAUAUGUCCCCAAACCCUUGCCUCCAGGCACUGAAGGUUAUCUUCCAUGGCGCACUGCAGCACGUGCAAAUCGGUACAGAGGCUUUCCAAUGGACUUUACUUCAGGAACACCUCUGCCACUACAGUCUCAUAGUCCUGUGAAAGUGACGUUUGAGAGUGCUUCAUCCUGUGAAACAGAAGAUCAGAGUAGUUUUGGGGACUCUAUGGAACCAAGUCUUAGAGUGGAAGAGUUGUCAGAGCAAAUAAACCUAAAACAGUAUAAGCGACUGAAGGUAGAAUUGGAAGAAUGUCGACUAAGACUAAAAGAGGAACAGAGAGCAAGAGCAAAGGCAGAUGAACGGAUAAUGGAGCUUGAAGUUGAAAACACAAGGCUAAGAAACAUAAAUCUUUCCCUUUCUGAUGCACUUCAUACACGGUCUGUGACAAAUUCUAUUUUAGAAGAUGAAGGUGUUUUACAGAGUAUUGAGACAUCCUUUCAGAAAUUCCAUGCCUUUUUAGAUCUCCUUAAAGAUGCAGGCCUUGGACAAUUUGCAGUGAUGGCUGGCAUAGACCAGACAGAUUUUGGAGUCAUGGGCCAUCCCCAGUUGUCAUCUACUCUUGACAAACAUGAUAGAGGACACAAAGAGAAUACCUUGGAGAGGGAUGGGCUAAUGAAAGAACUGCAACUUUCUCAGCCUGUUCCUACAGAUGGCGCUACAUCCUUUUCAGAUGAUCAGGGCAAACAUUUUUCACAGUCUGUUUUACAGCCCCAAGAUCUACAGGCACAGCCAUCUACCAGCCUACAUACCUACAGAGAAGAAAUGGACACUAAAAUAAACACUGGUGCCAGGGAACCAAGUGAUAAUAGCAGGUCGUCCUCAUCUCAGAGAAACAACAUGUCUAACAAACACAGCAAGGGAUUUCAUAGGCCAUCUGGUAAUCAGACUGUAGCUAGUCAUCCAUCACUACCCAGUUCCAGUAUUCCUAAUCAAAAGACAAGCGAUAGUAGCAGUUCUGAUGCAUCACUUCAUGCAAGAAGCAAAAGAGCAGCAAGAGUGGAGAAAGACCUUAAAGAUGUUCAGUCCUAGAACAGCUUUCACUUUGCCUUUUAAUUUUUUUACACUGAUAACAGAUUACCAAAUGCAGUUGUUUAAGUAAUUUAAUAAUUGGAAUGCACAUUUUUCAUAAUUUUUUAAACCAGAGUCUAGCGUAAAAGUUGACCUAAGUAAUGAAUGCUACUACUUUGCGAACUGUUACAUACCUCUCAACUGUACAGAUUUGUGCAGAAUGUCCAGAACUUUGCCUGAUUUAUUUGGUCU